CAAGCCGGACCGGACCGGUGCCGGUCCAGCAGAACCCUUUCGCUCCCAAAACCCUGGUGCCGAGGGGAGAGAGAAUGGCGGAAAGCGAAAGGAGGCGCUUCCGAUGGCGACGCGGACGAAGUUGGUGGCGAAGCGGUAGCAGUACCUGGAGGAGGCGCUGUUACAAGAGGCUCUUGCCGGGAGGGGAAGCUCUACGGCGAGCGUCCGGCGGGAGCUCGACGACUUCCUCAAGAGCCGCAAACGCGUCUUCAAAUGGGAAGUAGGCGUCACCAUCCGCAAGCUCCGCGACCGCAAGCGCUUCCGUCCCGCUCUCAAGCUUUCAGAAACCAUGGCCAGAAGAGGGAUGAACUUAACUGUCAGCGAUCAAGCUAUACGUCUGGAUCUUGUAGCCAAAGCCAGAGGCAUUGCUUCUGCUGAAGAUUACUUCAUCAAUCUCCCAGAGACUGCUAAAAAUCACCUUACAUAUGGUGCGCUCCUCAACUGCUACUGCAAGGAGUUAAUGACUGACAAGGCUGAGGCCCUUAUGGAAAAAAUGAAGGAGCUGAAGUUUACCUCGAGUCCUAUGGCCUAUAACAGCUUGAUGACGCUCUACAGUAAAAUCAACCAACCAGAAAAGGUUCCUACUAUUAUACAAGAGAUGAAGACUAAUGAUGUUUUGCUGGAUUGUUAUACUUACAAUGUCUGGAUGAGGGCUCUAGCUGCCAUCAAUGACAUCUUUGGUGUUGAAAGAGUGAUAGAAGAGAUGAAAAGGAAUGGGCGAGUUACUGCUGAUUGGACGACUUAUAGUAAUCUGGCAUCCAUUUAUGUAGAUGCUGGCAUGUUUCAGAAGGCAGAAGGAGCUCUCAAAGAACUAGAGAAAAGAAAGACGGAUGAUGAUCUUGGAGCCUAUCAGUUCUUGAUCACAUUGUAUGGCCGAACUGGAAAUCUAGUUGAAGUGCACCGCAUCUGGCGCUCUCUGAAGUUGGCACAUCCUAAGAUCGCAAAUGUAAGCUAUCUGAAUAUGAUUCAGGUGCUGGUGAAUUUGAAGGACUUGCCAGGUGCUGAAGAAUGUUUUAAGGAUUGGAAAUCCAAGUGCGCAACAUAUGAUAUCCGGGUAGCAAAUGCGAUGAUUAGGGCUUAUGCUAAAGAGGGCAUGUUAGAUAAGGCUGAAGCUGUUAAGAAGCAUGCCAAGAUGCGAGGGGCGAGACUUAAUGCCAAAACAUGGGAGAUCUUCAUGGAAUAUUAUCUGAAUAAAGGUGAUAUGAAAAUGGUGCACUGGUGUGCUGACCGUGCAAUUAAGAAGGGAAGAAGCCAUGGUAGGAUUUGGGUCCCACCGCUUGUAGUGAUCCGGGCUAUAAUGGCGUACUUUGAGGAGAAGAAGGAUGUUGCAGGUGCUGAAAAAUUCAUUGAGCUUCUCCAGAAAGUGGACUAUGAUCUGGGAGCAGAGGUAUUUGAAGCCCUCAUAAGGACUUAUGUUGCAGCUGGGAAGAACAGCCCAGGGAUGCGGAGGCGUUUGAAGAUGGAGAAUGUGGUUGUGAGUGAAGCCACUGAAAAAUUGCUUGACACUCUGUGCGUUGAAUGAUUCUUUCUUAAUAUAAAGUUGAUGGUGCUACAUUUUUCCAACUUAGCAACUGAUUAUUUUGAGGUAUAUUCAUUUUGACCUAAAAUAAGCUUUUCCCAAUCGCUAUUUUUGUGUGAUGUUGUAUCCGGUUCAAAUUUCCAGUUGUGAGUUCUCAUAGAUUGUAUACACAUUGGUACGAACUUGUAAUAGAACAAUGUCUCGCAGCUCUUAUUAA